GGGGCCCCCCCCGGGCCCCCCGGGCCCCCGGGGGGCCCGGGGCCCCCGGGCCCCCGGCCCCCCGGGCCCCCCGCCCCGGGGCCCCGGGGGGGCCCCCGCCCGCCCCGCCCCCGGGGCCCCCCGGGGGGGCCCCCCGGGGGCCGGGGACCCGGGGGGCCCCCGGGGGGGCCCCCCCCCCGCGGGCCCCGGGGGCCCCGCCGCCCCGCCCCGCCCCCCCCCCCGCCCCCGCCGCCCGCCCCCCCCCCCCCAGCCCCCCCCCCGCCCCACGCCCCCCCGCGCGGCCCGCCGCCCCCCGGCGCCGCCAGCGCCCGCGCCGCCCCCGCGCGCCGGCCCCCCCCGCCGCCACGCCCCCGGCCCCGGGCGCGGCCAGCCCGCCCCCCCCGGCCCCCCGCCCCGCCCCCGCCCCCCUCCGCGCCCCGCCCCCGCCCGACGCGCCCGCCCCCGCCCCCCGGGGCCCCCGCGCGCCCCCCGCCCCGCCCCCCCGCCGGGCCGCCCAGCGCGCCGCCCCCGGCGCCGCCCGGGCCGCCGCCGCCCCCCGCCACGGCCCCCCCCCCCCCCCCCCCCCCCGCCCGCGCCCCCCCCCCCCCCCCCCCCCCCCCGGCCCCCCCCCGCCCCCCGCCCCCCCCCGCGCCCGCCGCCGCCCCCCACGCCGCGUCGCGGCCCGCCCCGCGGCGGCCCGGCGCCCCCGCCGCGCGCGCCGGCGGGGCCGCCCGGCCGCCGCGCGGGGCCGCGCGGGGCGACCCCGCGCCGGCCCCCGGCCCCGGCGGGGCCCCGCCGCCGCGCCGCGCGGGGCGCGCCGGGGGGGACGCGCGCCCCGCCCCGCCGCCCGGGGGCGCCCCCGGCCCCGAUCGCGCGCGAGGGGGCGGGGGCGCCCCCCCCGGGGCCCCGGGCCGCGACGCGACCGGGGGCGGCGCCGCGCGCGCCCGCGCCGCCGCGCCCCGGGGGCCCCCCCGCCGGCGCCCCGCGCGGCCGCCGGGGGGACCCGCGCCCGGCGGGGCCCCCCCCCGGGCCCCGCGCGGGGCCGGGCGCGCCGGGGCGCGGACGCGCCCGGGGCUGGCGGGGCCCGCGCGGGGCGCGCGCCGGGGGUCGCGCCGGAAAGCGGCCCCCGGCCCCCGCCCGGCGCGCGCCCCCCCGCCGAAACGGGCCCCCGCGGCCCCAGCGGGGCCCCAGGCCGGCCCCCGCCCGGGCCCCGCGCGCCCCCGGGGCCCCCCGCCGCCGCGACCCGUGCCCCGAGCCGGGGCGCGCGCGGGCGCCCCCCCGCCGGGGCCCGCGCCCCCGCGCGGGCCCGGCGCGCGGGCCCGCCCGGCGCGAGGCGCCGGCCCCCGCGCGGGGACCGCGGCCCCCAGGGGGGGCCCCGCGCCCGGGGCCCCGCGCCCCCCCGAAACGCGGGUUCGGCGCGCCGGGGCGGCCCCGCGCGCCCGCCCCGGGGCCGCGCGCCCCCGCGCGGGGGCCCACCCGGGGCGCCGCGGCGGCCCCGACGGCCCCCGCGGCGCCCGGGGCGCCGCGCCGGCGCGGCCCCGUAGGGGAGGCCCCCGCGCGCCGGCGCCGUCCCCCCGCCCCCCGCGGCCCCGACCCGGGGGCGCGCGGCCCCGGGGCGUCCCGCCCCGGCGGGGGCGCGCGCCCGCCGCCGAGACGCGACGAGCGCCGCGCCGCCCCCCGGGCCGGCGCCGCGCGCCCCGGCCGCCCCGACGCCCCGCGCGCGGGGCCCCGCCGCGCCCCGAAAGCGCGGCGACCGCGCCGCGCCCCCCGGCCCGCCCCCGCGGCCCCGCGCGCCGCGGCGCCCCGGGGGACGGCCCGGCGAGACCGCCCCCGGGGCCGGCGCGCGCGGGGGCGGCGCCGGCGCCCCGACCCCGCGCCCACGGGCCCGCGCCCGGCGCGGGCGCGGCCCGACCGGGGGGCGCCGGCCCCGGCGCCGCCGCGCGCCGCGCGCGGGGGCCGGGCCCCGCGGGGCGCCGCCCCGGCGGACGCGCCGGCGGUCGCCCCGCGGCCGCGCGCGCGCGCGGCCCCCUGCCGCCCCGGGCCCGCGCGCCCGCGCGACGCGGGGGCCCGCCGCGCGCCCCGCGCGCGGGGCGGGCCGCCGGCGCCCCCGGGGGGUUCCGGGGCCCCCGCGGGGGCGCCCCGGGCCCCCCGCGCCCCCCGCGCGCGGCCCCCGCCGCCCCGACGCCCCGAGGGGGCCCCGCGCGAGCCGCGGGGCGCGGGGCCCCGGGGCCCCCGACGGGCCCCGCGCCCCGCGCCGCCGGGGGCCCCCCGGGGCGCCCCCCCGGGCCCCCGACGGGGGGCCGGCCCCCGCGCGCCCGCGGGCCCCCGGGGGGCGCCGACGCGCGCGGCGGCCCCCCGGGGCGGCGCCGCGCGCCCGCCGGGCCGCGCGCGCGGGGGCCCGCGCCCCCGCGCGCCCGAAGCAACCCCGGGGCCCGCGGCGCGGCGCCGCGCGCGCGCCGGCCCCCCGCCCCCCGCCCGCGCGGACGUGGCCCGGCCCGGGGCGGGCGCCCCAAGCGCGCCCGCGGCCCGGGGCGGCGAGGCGCGCCGCGCGCGCGCGGCCCCCCGGGGGGGGCGGCGCGCCGGGGCGCCGCGCGGGGGGCCCCGCCCACCCCCCGCCCCGGCCCCGCGGCGCGUCGCGCGCCGGGCCCCCCGCCGGGGGCCGCCGCGCCCCGGCGCCGGGGCGCCGGCCCCCCGCCGGCGCGCCCCGCGCCCCGCGCGCCCCCGCGCCGCCCCGCGCCCCCGCCCCGCGCCGGCGCGGCCGCCGCCCCCCGGGGCGCGACGCCCCCGCCCGCGGCGCGCCCCCGCGCCCCCCGCGCCGCGCCCGCGCGGCCCGGGGGCGCCGGGGCGCGCCCGGGGCGCGGACCGCGCCCCGCGCCGCGCGCGGGGGCCGGCGCGCGCCGGCGGCGCGCCCGGCCCCGCGGCGCGCCGCGCGCGCCCGGCGGGGCGCGCCCCGUCGUCGGCGCCGCGCCCCGCCCCCGGGCCCCGCCGCGCGCGGGCGCGCCGCCGCCGCGGCCGCGCGCGCGCGCGCCCCGCGGGGCCGGGCCCCGCCCCCGCGACCGCGCCCGGGGGCGCCCGGGGCCCCCCGCCCCGCGGCGCCGCGCGCCCCCCACCGGGGCGCGGGCCCCGCCCACGCCGGGGGGGCGACGGCGCGCCCGCCGGGGCCGGGGCGCGGCGGCGCGCCCUCGCCCCGCCCCGGCCGGGGGGGGGCCGCGCCGGGGCCCGCCCCCGCGCGGGCCGCGCCGCGCGCCGGGGGCGGACCCCGCGCCGCGGGCCCGCGCGCGAGCGGACCCCGCGGCGGCCCGGGCCCCCGCGGGGGCCCCGCCCCCGGGCGCGCCCCCCGGGCGCCGGGGCGCGCCCGCCCCGGCCCCCGCCCAACCGCGCCCCCGGCCCCCCCGGGGCCCCCGCCCGGGGCCCCGCCGCGGCGCGGCGGGGCGCCCGACGGUCGCCGGGGCCCGCGCGCCCCGCCCCCAGGGCCCCGCGCGCGGGGGCCCCCGCGCCGGGGGCCCGGGCGCGCCGCCCCCCCGCGGGGCCCGUCGCCCCCGCCCCGCGGCGGGCGCGCCGCCGCGCGCGGCGACGCCGCGCCCGGCCGUCGCGCGGGGGCCGGCCCCCGGCCCAACUCGCACCGGAGCGGGGCGCGCCGCGCGCCCCGCCGCGCGCGCCCGGCGCGCCCGGCGCCCCGGCGCGGGCGCGCGCAGCUGCGGCGGCGCGCCCGCGGGCGCGCGACGCCCCCGCCCCGGGCGUCGGCGCCCCCCGGGGGCGCCGCGAAGCGCGCCGCGCGCGGCGCGGCCCCGGCCGCGCCCGCCCGCGCGCGCCCCCCCGCCGCGCGCCGCGCCGGGGCGCGGAAAAGCGGACGCGCCCCCCCCGCGGGGCCGCGCCGGGGCGCCCCCGACGCCGGGGCACGCGCGGCGCCCCGCGCGCCCGGCCCCGCCCCCCCGCCGGGGCGCGCCGCCGCCCCGACGCCCCGCGCCGCGAGGGCGCCGCCCCCGCCGCGCCCCGGGGGCCGGCCCCGCGCGCCCCCCCGCGCGCCGCGGCCGGCCGGCCCCCGCGGCCCCCGGGGCCCGGCGCGCGGCCGGGGCGCGCGCGGCCCCCCGCGCCCCGGGCGCGGGGGGCGCCCGACGGCGCGCGCGGCGCGCCCGCGCGCCCGCGCGGGCGCGCGCGGCCCCCGGCACGCGCGACCCCGCCGGGGGGGCCCCGCGCCCCCGCGCGCGCGCGCGGCGGGGGCGCGCCGCGGAAAGGCGCGCCGCGCCCCCGCGGGCGGCCCCGCCGCCCCCGCCCCCGCCCCCCGACGCGCGCGCGCGGCGCGCCCCCCGCCCGGCCCGGCCGGCGCCGACGCGGGGCGCGGGGGGCGCCGCGCCGGCGCGCCGCGCGCGCCGCCCCGCGCGCGGGGGCCCGCCCCGCCCCGCGGGGGCCCCCGGAAGGGGGCCCCCGGGGCGCGGCCGGGGCGCCCGCGCGCGCCGCGCCGCGCCCCCGCGCGGGAAGACCGGCGGGGGGGGGGGCCCCCGCGCGCCCCACGCGGGGGCCCCGCCGGGGCCCGAAGGCCCCCGGCGCCCCGCGCCGCCCGGGGGCGCGACCGCGCGCCGGGGCCCCCGUCCCCACGGGGGCGGGCCCCCGCGGGCCCCCGCCGGGCGCCCCCGCGGCCCACCCCCCGCCGCGCCGCGGCGCGCCCCGCCCCCCGCGCGCGGAGAC